CUCUGUUCUUCAAAGUCGUAGCCGGAGCCCGGAAGUGCUAACUCAACGACGCAGCUUCCUGACUGUCUCGCCCACACCGCCCAGCCAUAGCGAAGGUUUGGAUUCUCAAGAGUAGGUUUGGAUUCUCAAGAGUAGCCGUUUGCGCUGCACAUUGGUCCUCAACGGCUAAAAAUUGAGUUUUUUCAAUGCUUGUAUAGUUAUAUUGUCGAAUUUGUUGGCGACCGGGAACUGACCGUCGGGGUGGUGGAUGGAGUUGUUGAGUGGCAGAAUUUCAUUCUCUCUGCAAUUUCUCAGCUCACAAGGGUGCUGACUUUCUUGCAUUGGGGGUUGCUUUUACUGUCUUCAAUUAGAAGAGUCCUAAACCAGUAGCAAAUUGCAAGUCGCCACCGCCCCCAAGCCCCCAAGAGUCCACGGUAGCAGGCAGCAGCUCGGCACCCCGGUAUAGUCUCCAUCAGCUCCACUUGACAGUCCCACCGGCACUCGACACUCGCAAAUCGCAAGAAGAACAACAUAGAAGGCAGUAGCUGUCAGCUCCACUGCCUCCACGAGUCCACCGAUCCACGGCCUAUAAAACGAUAGCACCGGCCCUCAGUGAGUUGAUUUUCACUUUUUCAGUGAUAGAAGAAAUGGAUCAGCAAGCAGCAGCGAUGCCGGCGGAUAAUGAAUCGCUGGAGAAACGGCCUGGAGUGCUCAUCGUCGGAGCUCCCAACGUUGGCAAACGUACACUCCUCUCUCGACUACUUUCAAUAGAUUUGGACGACACCCCUGAUACAUCAUCCGGCUUACUUGCCUAUGGGUGGACAAUCAACACAAAGUACUACACAGCUGAUGUUUCUCUUUGGAUGACCAAUCUUCAUGAGAAGUUUUCAGUUGAAGCCCUCCCAAUAUCUGAUCAGCUGGCUGCAUUAGUGAUGGUUUUCGAUAUAAGUGAUUUAUCGUCUUUUCUUCGACUUAAAGAUUGGGUGUCUCACACUGAUAUCCAGAAGUUUGAUAUUUUGUUAUGCAUUGGCAACAAAGUGGAUCUUCUUCCUGGUCAUUCAGCUCAUGUUGAGUAUAGACGUCGUCUGCUGAAAUGUGCAGAAUCUUCAGGUAGUUCUUACACAGAAAUAUUAGACGCUGGUAUUGAUGAGACAGAAGGGAGUAGUCUAUUAGGUGAUGACGAAUCCUCAUGGGAGAUUAAGAAAGCAUGCUUGGAAUGGUGCAUUGAUCUCAACAUCGAAUACGUUGAAGCCUGUGCAUCAAAUGUUGACUUCGACAAGUGUUUAUCUGUCGAUGGAGAUUCACAGGGUGUUGAGCGACUCCAAGGGGCACUGUCAGCUUAUAUGUGGCCUGGAAUGGUACUUAAGUCUGGUGAUAAAAUAAAUGAACCUUCAUUGCCUCAAGAGCAAGAUGUGUCAGAUGAAGAAUCCGAAUACGAACUUGAAUAUGAAAUCCUAUCUGCUGGUUCAGCAGAGCCCUGGGAUGAUGCAGAUGGAGGCUGGAUAUCUGCAGAUGGUCCUGUUACAACAACAGGGACAGCAGAAUCAAGCAAACGGAAAGAGAAUGGUUCUGAAGGAGAGGUGGGGCCUUCAACAUUGGAAUCUCAGCUGCCGGGAGUGAUUGAAAAGGAAGAAAUACCAGGAAAAGAUGAAGCUGACAGAGUAUCCGAGGCUGAUAAGGGCACAACAUACAAUUUUGAGGAUUUGGAGCACUUAAUGGCUGAGAUUGGAAAUGUGCGUGAUAGCUUAAGAUUGAUGCCAGAUUUUCAAAGGAGGGAAAUGGCAGCCAAUCUGGCCAUGAAAAUGGCAGCCAUGUUUGGUGAUAGCAGUGGAGAUGAAGAAGGGUUAGAUUGAUACGAGAGGACUUUUGAAGUGUUCUGUACCGUUGAUGCCUGUUAGCAACCAAAAUCUAUUACAGAUGUUUAUCAACUAUUGAAAACAUGUUCACCUAUUUUGUACAAACAAAGUGAAACCUAUGACUCCUGCUAAUCUCCUCUUGUCCCAUGAAAGGUCUACGCAGGAUGAACAAAGGUACACCGUACACCUCUCCACUCAAGUGGGUUAGUUUAAUUACAUAAAACUUUUACAUGAAUAUUUUCUCUCUGGCUUUUUAUUUAAUCAAAACUCAUAUUCUAGCUCAACUCUCUUUUUUUAUCCUACAGGAAAGAUGUAUGAUUCUUCCCC